CUCAAACACACCUUGCUGUUGGAAAAGUACUAAGACGGACUUUGUGGUGUCAUGUACUUCCUCUCACUUAUUCUGUCUGCAUUCCAAUAUAGCAUGUCAAACGUAUGUCAUAUAUACAUAUAUUCAUACACAUAGCUCAUAUAUUAUACAGCGCCAAACUAAUCCGCCUGACUCAAGUCAUUGCACGUAUCCCUGCCCAAACAGGAACGAACACAUAUACCCAACCAUAAACUGCCCCUCUCAGUUCUCUUAUCUCACGACCCCAGGACACACACAGACAUUCCAUCGCACAAACACACACACCCAGCCAUAAAACUGCCCCUCUCAGUUCCCUCUACCUCACGAUCCCCUGACACACAAAUACCUUCUUGCAUAUAAACACACACACUUCAUCCCCCCCUCUACUGGUCGGGUGCCCAGAGCAGAAGACUCUGCUGUGCACCAAUGGGGCUCCUGCUCUGGCUAGAGCAGGUCCGCCUCCAACCCUUCGGGACCAUUCAGAAGGCGACACGACAAGACUCUACCUACAUUAUUCAAUGUAUAAAAACUACUGUAACCUCUGUAUAGGCCCCUUUUUCAGCUAUCUCCUUCUGAGCUAUAUGAAUAGGUCCGUGCACGCUUAACUGCAAGGACAAGAUAUCUUUGACCUUAAUAAACUGCCUUUUUGCUAUACUUGAUUCCACUCUGUCCAGCGUCUUGAUUUGGUCUCUUUCUCUCGUAGUUAUUCAUCAACAAAACUUGGUAGCAGAGGAUGGUUUAAACAUCUGAAUUCGAUCUAUGACAAGUUGAUAUGAGAAGAGACAAAUCAUUGGGUGCAAACCAGACGGAAGAGUGACCUGUCACCAGGAGACAUCGGCCAUUCAACUUGCCUCAGGAAACUGAUCAGAGAGCUCGAAAUAAAAGGUAAGAGCCUGUUAAAUCAAAAAUCUGCAUAUUAUAUUUUAGUCAAUUGCCAAAUUUUGAUCAGUAGUACUGAGCGUGAGUAGGAAUUGCUGUUAAAUUACAUUUAAGAAAUUAAGGCAUGGUUAAAAGAUAUCUUGCAUAAAUAGAGACUGGUUAACUGAAUCUGCAUGUAAAAUGUCCUAUUGAUAUGUUGUGUACUAUCGAAUAGGUCUUGUCAGAGGUGUAGUUAAUUAAUAGAUGAACCGAAUCUGCAUGUAAAAUGUCCUAUUGAUACGUUGUGUACUAUCGAAUAGGUCUUGUAUGAGGUGUGGUUAAUUGAUUGAAUCCCUAUUAAAUAAGUUGUGUACUAUUUAAUAGGUUGUGUAAGAGGUGUAGUCAAGUAGAAGUAGUAUAUGUAAGUUUGGCGUUCCAUAAGACAGCGAUCGGGGAUGAUGUGACCAUUGCACAUCAAACUAUAACAUAAUAUAACCAGUUUUGACGUUCCGCGAUUUUGUUGUGCCCAAUUCAGAGAAAACAUUUGUUGGGGAAUGAUUGCCAUACUCUGAAUACAUAAACAGUGUAAUAUUGACGGCCGCUGAGCCAAAUACUGUUCAGUCGCCAAGCUGUGAAUUAACCCAGGCGCCGUGCUAAAAUAUUGACAGUUUUUUUUCCCCCUCUUUCCGCUGUUGGUAUUCCCCAGGAGAUAAAAUUAUUCUGACAAUUGUUAUAGAACCACAUGAAUUUGCUCAUAUAUUGUUCCAAAAGGUGAUUGCUGAAUUGUUUUUAGAAAGUGUCUAAAUAAUUCGCUGAACAACUUUUGGUUUUCCAAUUUCUAUCGAUAUUUCCUAAAGAGAUAGAAUUAUUCUGACAAUUGUUAUACAACCGCCUAAAUUCACUAAUAUAUUGUUCCAAAAGGAAAUCGCCGAAUCAUUUCUAGAAAAUACCUAAAUAAAUCGCUGAACAAAUUCAAAUAAAAUACCGGAGAAACACACACGUAACUGCCACCACAUUCCUGAUAAAAUCUUUGUGUGCGAGGGUGGGGGCGCAUGAGAUAAGUCUGAGCCAGCACCAAAGUACAUCCCUGGUCUCGAUCAAGGACGGGCUAAGUAUACAAAGAUAUAAAUAAACACCACAUAGUAAGGACUGAAUAUACCUAGAUAACGCAUUAUACACAUUAUCAGACGAAUUAGAUAAAAUAUCUGCAGCCACCACCCCAAUACCCUCCCCCACAGCAGUAUAUCCUGCAACAGCAACAGCCACAAUGGGCUCAACGGGGCACCUAUACCGGUCCACCCAGAGGGGUGUGCUACAACUGUGGAACUCCUGGCCAUUAUUCACGGGAUUGUCAACAGCCACUCUCCACUCAGCAACGCCUAUGGAGAGGUAGGGGACGUGGAAGAGGAAGUGGGGGACACCCACCCCUGCAACACCUUCAACCAGGACCCAGUCACCUGCAGCAGUCAGCACCUGCAUACAACCACCCCGGACCUACUCACAUGCAACAGCAGCAGGGAGGAUACAACCAACCGCAGUUCCAGAGAAUGGCUGGGGACACCAUGCCCUGGCCAUGAAGAUGCCCACCACCUGCGGCAAGAGGGGGAGCUGACAUUUUCAACUACACACUGAACCAACUAUGAUAUGUGAAGUUGAGGGUGUUCCCCAUCAGUUCCUGGUAGACACAGUAUGCACCUAUUCUACUAUCAAGUUCCCUCAAAUGCUGUCAUCUGAUUCCAUAUCGGUGGUAGGGGUCACGGGAUCACCUGAGGCUCAAAGCCGCACUAUCCCUUUAACAUUCUCCUGGGAGAAAUCUCAGUUGAAACACCAGUUCCUGUACUGUCCAAAAUGCCCGAUCAACCUACUAGGACGGGACCUCUUAUGCAAAAUGGGGUGCACCAUAUAUCUUACUGAAAGUGGAGUGGAAGUAUCCACCAACCCUCCCUCUUCAACACCUGAUCGCCCAGUAAGAAUUAUGAUGAUGCCACUCCUGCCGACUCCUGCUGCCCACGCUGUCUGAAACCCAAGAAGUGUACUGGCUAAAAUGCCUACCCACAGGGCCUGCCACCCCUCACAUCCAGUUUAAGUUCAACCAACUGAAAGCUCAAAUCUACACUCUGCACCCAUAUAAGACUCCCCAAGCUGAGACUCUGAUGACUGCCCCUACACUGAAGACUGGGACGAAGACAUGAUGCACCUGACCCCACCUAUCAGGUGUUGUACCAUUGUGUGUGGCCCAGAGGGGGUGGCAGCACCGAUCAUCCUACGACCAAGGAACCUCCAUGCACCCCUGGCCUGGACGGAUGUAGCCUCAACAGCUUUUGCACUCCUGAAAACAGAUCUAUCAGCGGCAGCAGCGCUGAUUGCACCUGACUACAACAUUAAGUUCCAUUUGGAUGUUUCUGAAAAGGAAGGAUUCACCUCGUCCGUCCUAUUCCAGAAACAAGAGGGGGAGAGAAAGGUAUUGAUGUACCACUCCUCAAAACUUGACCACAUUGAGGUAGGACAGACAACAUGCUCCAGAUACGUUGCUGCAGUAGCAAAAGCUAUUGGAAAAACAGCUCACCUCGUGAUGUGUCAUCCAUUGGAGAUCCACACCCAUCAUGGCGUUGCUGCGUAUCUGAUGAGUAAAGAAUUCACGUUCAGUGCUGAAAGAAAAACCAAGAUCCAGAACAAAUGCACACAGUCACAUAUCACGUUUGUGAACACCGACAAAAACAUGGCAGAUGCACUCAACGCAGAAGAAGGACUGCCCCACUCUUGUGCUGAAAGAGCGGCACAAGAACUAAAACUGAGACCAGACCUGAAGAAUGAACCACUGACCAAUCCCGACCAAUGGCUGUACACUGAUGGUUGCUGCUACAAAGGAGAAGAAGGAAACAUAGCAGCCUAUGCGGUGGUGCAGCAAAUCCCAGACGGCUCACACGUUACCCUUGAAUCAGCCAUCAUCCCUCAACCAGCAUCUGCCCAAUUAGCUGAAAUCAUCGGAUUGACACAGGCCCUCAUCAGAGCAAAAGGAAAGACUGUGAACAUUUACACAGACUCAGCUUAUGCUCAUGGUGCAGUCCACACUGAUGGACCACAGUGGGUAAGGAGGAACUUCACUACAACAGGAAACCUCCCAAUCAAACACAAGACACAGAGGGAGAAACUAAUAACUUCGGUAUCACUACCGGCGAAGGUAGCCAUCAUGAAGUGUAAAGGACACCAGCAAUUGAAAACCAGGAUCAGUGCGGGAAAUGAUGCAGCCGAUAAAGCAGCCAAGAAGGCUGGAGGUUACGCUCCCAAACAGAUGGUACUGCAACCACAGCUAUCACAAACAGAGCUUACCCAGCAAGACAUAGUGGUGCUACAACACUCAGCAGGACCCUAUGAACACUCAGUCUGGGCACAGAAAGGGGCGACCAAAGGACCAGAUGAACUAUGGAGAUGCCACGACGGCAGACUGGUAGCCCCAGCAAACCUUUGUCCAGAACUUUUACGAGAAGCACAUGGCCCCACACACGAAGGCAAACUAAAGACCCUCCAAAAGGUCUCGCACAUCUGGUGGCACCCUCACAUGAAAAAUAUGACUGACUUAUUUUGUGACGAAUGCAACAUUUGUGGCAGCCACAACCCAAAGAAACCAUAUCAAACACCAAUGGGCUCAUACCCAGUACCUAAUGCAUGUUUUCAGGACAUCAGCAUAGAUUACACCGAUAUGGGCGCCGAUAAUGUAACUAAAGGCAAACACUAUCUCCUAGUUAUGGUAGAUAGGUUCUCCAAAUGGGUAGAAGCAAUACCAACAGCAAAGGGGGAUGCUAGGUCAGUCGUUAAGUGGCUACAAACCAAACUAAUACCCAGGUAUGGCAUCCCAAGACAAAUCAGAUUUGACAAAUGGCUCACAUUUCAGUAACAAACACCUAAGACAGGUGGAAGAAAGAUUUGGCAUAACACACAGAUUCGGUUCUGUGUACCACCCCCCGGUCCCAAGGUCUGGUGGAACGCCAAACCUAAAGCUGAAAGCUAAGAUAGCUAAAGCAUGUGCAGGUUCGAAUUUGACAUGGGUUGAAGCCCUGCCUCUGGUGUUGAUGGCCAUGAGAGCCUCACCAGGAGCAGGCACCCAUCUCUCUCCUCAUGAGAUAAUGACUGGAAGAGUCAUGCCUGGUCCACCAAGGGAGGGAGGUCAUAUGCCCGCUCUUGAUGUACAACAAAUUGUAAUGUCUGAUUAUGUGAAAAAACUGACGGUUCUCUCUGGAGCACUCUCUACCCAGGUUCGCAAGGUCCAGGAGGGGGAGCUGCCGGGGGACACGCCACUACUGAAGGUAAAGGUUGGUGACUGGGUGAGGGUUAAAGUCCACAAGAGAAAGUGGCUGGAACCCAGGUGGACUGGACCGUACGAAGUGAAGGAGGUUACUUCACACUCAGUCCAGGUCAAAGGUAAAUCAGGCGCACCUUGGCACCACCUUACACAUUGCACUCCAGCCCCAAUUCCUUCUAGAACACUGACUGAAGUCAGAGCUGAUUUGAACAGCCUAAAUUUGAUUCCAAAUCAAGAAAUUCCUGACUCAGGUAAUGGGGCAUCAAACCCUUCUAACCCUGAUAAAGGAACCUCACCCAGUUAAAGGGAUAUUGCUCUCUCCCUGGGCAAGGCUAGGAAUAUCUGAACCACUGUUUGUGAUAUUCCUACUGAUAUUUGGAGUAACCCUAGGCACUUUCACAUGGUUAAUUGAACAACUAUCUCACCCUGCCACAUCACGUACACUUACCCCCACCCAUGUCCCUAACACCGUUCCUGAUAUUACUCCCUCCAAUCACUCCCGUUCCAAACGUAGCACUACACCUACAGACCCACCAUGCACACCACACAAGGUUAGAAGCACCACCUCAUGUAUACCCACGAAUGCAACCACCACCAUUGCACUACCUUGGGGGACAUGGGGAGACAGGAGGAAUGGGAGGGGACUGACGGCUCUUUCAUACACCAGGUAUGACUGGUACAUGACAAAAGGGAAAACCUAUGACGAAUGGACCUGGCAAAAUCUAGUGGCUGAGACUGGUUAUGACUGGUCAAGCUGUUCCUCUGGUCAGACAGUUCUUGAAUGGAGGAGCAGAUUGUCCCUGACCAGGACCAGUACCGGUCUCCAAUUAAUUAUCCGGGCCCAACCCAGUAAGGGCUGUCAGGAUUUUUGGGUCGCUCCAUAUGUAGGCUCUACUGAGAUAAAGGUAUUUUGGCAAGUACAAAUCUGCUCUGUGGAAAAGGGUCAGCCCACAGCGAUUACUGUAGGAGAUGACAUAAGCAAGACUGUCUCUGUAGCUCAGGGGACAGGAGUCUGGGGUCCUGUAACUAUGAUUUCCACUCCCACCUCCCCUGAUGACACAAUACACACUACCACUGGAAUUUCUGGGUUUUCCAAUAAUUGGCUCUUAUUGGCUGAACAAGCAGCCAACACAACCUUGCAAAGCUGUGUUGUGUGCAUGGGAGCCAGGCCUCUGCUUCGCAUAGUGCCGGCAGUACUGACUGAUGACUGCCUACUGCCCCUUAUGAAUAAAGACAACCCACCCGCCAAUUGCUCACAAUGGGACACGGUUUAUCCAGUAGUCUCCGAUAUUGCUAAGAAACCCACAUUUUCCUCUAAGGUGGCUAAGGCUAAUUUCACAUGCAUCAACAUGACCGGUGGAGGACGGUCUCUGGGAAAACUCCCUGCCAGUUGGUGCACUCACACUCAUGUCAUUACAAGUUCUUUUAAACCGGUGUCCAGAGCUGACGUAUGGUGGUGGUGUGGGGGGACUGGGCUGUUUGACGGACUUCCCCGGAACACCACUGGAGUUUGUACGCUUGUUAACCUUCUGCUGCCAAUCUUUGGCAGUAUAAAUUGGUUGACCAAGUAGCCGCAGGUUUUGAAUCAGCAAUUUGCUGGUGGUGUACAGUUAACAAAAAUGUAGAUCGUAUUAACUACAUUCAUUUCAAUGUCCAAAAACUAGGCAAUUGGACUCAGCAAGGAUUCGAGGCCGUACAUGGACAACUGGCAGCAACAUCAUUGAUGGCUUUUCAAAAUAGAAUUGCUGUUGACAUGUUAUUGGCGGAACGCGGUGGCGUUUGUGCCAUGUUUGGGGAACAAUGUUGUACUUUCAUUCCCAAUAACACAGCAACUGAUGGUAGUCUUACCAUUGCCCUAGAGGGUCUUCGCACACUUAAUGGUAAGAUGAAGCACCACUCCGGGGUUGACACCUCUAUGUGGGACUCCUGGAUGGAUGCGUUUGGUAACUAUAAGACCCUGAUCUCCUCUGUCCUAGUGUCCGUAGCUGUUUUUGUGGCUAUCCUAACCCUGUGCGGUUGUUGCUGUAUUCCGUGCGCUCGCACAUUAGCCACUAGAGUGAUCACCACUGCCAUUACCCCAUUGCCCAGCAACCAGACCCACAUGUACCCGCUUUUGGCGGUUGAUGACCCUGAUGAGGCGUUUCCACCUUUUCAGGAACCCCCUCUUCCUGACUACUCCUCUUGGCCACUCCAGGCGUAGCACUUGGAGUGGCCUCCUUUUUGUCCUUGCUUAUUUACCUCGCUUCGCUGCAUACUUGAGGGGGCUUCUUGUUUUCGUUAUAUCCUCCUUCUCCUUUCUGCUAUAGUCUUCACGUCAGGGGGACUAAAAAAUUUGGUUCCUACCAAAUUGUUUGGUUGCUUCAUAAUUUAGUUCUAUUGUUCAUGUCUAAUAGACGUGAAGAGGGGGAUUUGUCAUAUAUACAUAUAUUCAUACACAUAGCUCAUAUAUUAUACAGCGCCAAACUAAUCCGCCUGACUCAAGUCAUUGCACGUAUCCCUGCCCAAACAGGAACGAACACAUAUACCCAACCAUAAACUGCCCCUCUCAGUUCUCUUAUCUCACGACCCCAGGACACACACAGAUAUUCCAUCGCACAAACACACACACCCAGCCAUAAAACUGCCCCUCUCAGUUCCCUCUACCUCACGAUCCCCUGACACACAAAUACCUUCUUGCAUAUAAACACACACACUUCAUCCCCCCCUCUACUGGUCGGGUGCCCAGAGCAGAAGACUCUGCUGUGCACCAAUGGGGCUCCUGCUCUGGCUAGAGCAGGUCCGCCUCCAACCCUUCGGGACCAUUCAGAAGGCGACACGACAAGACUCUACCUACAUUAUUCAAUGUAUAAAAACUACUGUAACCUCUGUAUAGACCCCUUUUUCAGCUAUCUCCUUCUGAGCUAUAUGAAUAGGUCCGUGCACGCUUAACUGCAAGGACAAGAUAUCUUUGACCUUAAUAAACUGCCUUUUUGCUAUACUUGA